ACAUUAGGCGUGUCGCGUAAGGUACAUAGCGAAUGCGCUUAAUAAUAAAGCUAGUAGUUGAGUCACUAUAUAUAUCUCCUCACAAACCCUCGCUCCCAAAUUAAACCCUCAUUAUUCUCUGCUCAUCUCUCCACUAACUCUGCUCCGGAAUGAGUACGUAUAACUCUGUGUUGGGUGAUAAUGGGACGAAGCGUAAUGUUUCGGCUGGCAGUGCUUUUCAAUUGAGGCCUGCGUUUGGACAGAGUGGUAGUUGUUAUGGUGGUGGAUUUUCGGGGGGAAUUGCGGUGCCUCCAUACGGGCAAAGUAGUAUUCAGCGUUAUCCUUAUGGGUAUAGUGAUCCAUCUCUGUUUAGCGGUAUCAAUGGGUAUGCACCUCUAUUUGGCCUUAAUAGUUAUCCUUUUGGCCUUAAUAGUUAUCCUUUUGGGUUCACCCCGAGUAAUGGUUCAACUUUUGCGCCUGUGUCAACUUCCAUGCCUACAUUUGGGCAUAAUAGUUCUCCUCCUUUUGCGUAUGCCCUUCCUAAUGGAGGAACUUCUAUGCCUACAUUUGGGCAAACUUGUUCUGCUUUUGGGUCUUCCCUCGCUAAUAGAGGAACUCUAAUGCCUACACAUGGACAAAAUGAUGCUACUUUUGGGUCUGCCCUUGCCAAUGGUGGAACUUCUAUGCCUACAUAUGGGCAAACUAGUUCUGGUUUUGGGUGUCCCCUUGCUAAUAGAGGAUCUCUCAUGCCUACACAUGGACAAAGUAAUGCUACAUUUGGGUCUCCCAUUGCUAAUGACGGAACUUCCAUACCUCUCUUUGGGCAAAAUAGUGCUACUUUUGGGUUCGCUCCUGCUAAUGGUGGAACUUCUAUCCCGACAUUUGGGCAAAGUAAUACUCCUUUUGGGUGUGUUAGUGCCGAUUGGGGAACCACAGUGCCUGCAUUUGGACGAAGUACUAAUUCUUUUUGGUUCAACCCUAGUAACACAGCAACUUCAGUGCCUGCAUGGCAAUGUAGUUAUCCUCGUGGGCCAGUUACCACCAAUGGUGGAACUCCAGCGACUACUUUUGGGGUGGGUAUAAGUCAUUUUCCGCCUGCCCCAACUGAUGGUACAACCUCUGUGUCGUCCCCAACUAAUGGUUCAUUUUCAGUGCCUGCGUGCGGAGCUCCAUUAUUUUCUACAUUAACACAAGCAGCUCUAUCAUCUCCUAUAUGCGGCUUGUAUUCAGGAUCUACCACACAUUUUCCGACUCCUACCAUUAAUGCAUCCAGCUCCCCAGGAUUUACUUCUGGCCAAACAACUACGCAAUUUGGUACCAUCAGCAACUUGAAUGAAACUAGUACAUGUUCUGAUGAAAUUCAGAGUCCAUAUCCGGGCUGCCAAGUUGAAACUCCGUUAUUUCGGGAUUCAAGUUCUCGACCGUUAACUCCUAAGGUUAAUUGUGGAGGAAGUAGAGUGGCACCUUACACUGAAACUGUUGAGAUGGAUCAUGUUUCACAACAGUCUACAAGAUUUAUGUCCAUAUCUGCCAUGCCUGUUUUUAGAGAUAAAUGUCAUGAAGAGCUGAGAUGGGAGGACAAACAGUUAGGAGAUAAUGGUGACAUACCCCUAUUUCACAGCGCAAGAUCUGGACCACCAGCCAGCAAUGUAAUGCGUUGCUCAAAAACCCAGUUACCUGAUUUUAGUACAGCUAUUCCAAUAUCUGUUAUGCCUGAAUACCCAAACAAAAGCUUUGAAGAAUUGAGGUGGGAAGACUAUCAGUUCAAUAAUGCAGGUGGUAGAGUUGACCAUGAUUUAGCACAAUUAAAUUAUUUCAGGAGUCAUGUUUCUGGAACUGGUAGCUCAUUUCAGAAUGCUAUGCCUUCUGUGCCACCCAAUAUAUUUGCUUCCAGACCUACAUGCUUUACCUUCCCAACCUGUAGCACACCUGUUUCUUGUAACCCCUUUUUAAAUGGUUCACAUGAGGGGGCUUAUACUUUAAUAACUCAGCCUCCCUCUAUAUUUGGUGCGACCAUCCCGUUUUCACAUCCAAAUCCCUCACUUAUCAGUACAUCUGCUAGCAAAGCUUCUACAUCUGGACCCAGUUAUUUUAACUAUACUUCCUCUGCACCAUCUACCUCUAUAUGCAGCACAUCUGUUACGACACCAGUCACUGCAUAUGUUCCUUGCAAUUUCGCUCCAAGUAUAUCAACUCUUGAUGAUCCAUCACCAUCUAGAUCUAGGGCUGAGACACCACUUGCAGUUGAAGGUCCGAAGACUACAUCAGUAAGAUAUGGGAUUUACAGUGUCCCUGCCAAUAACUUGGCAAAUGCCUCUGCAACAUGUAGUGAAGUCAAGGUACCGUUGUCAGAUCAAGUCAAUAAGUCGGCAAAUGAAGAACAGAAGCUGUUGCUGCCACCAAAAGGUAUUCGUGAAGGUAAUGGUACAGAGGUGGUAUUUUCUGCUGAUACUCAAGAAACCCCCACAGCGAGGACGAAGGUUCCACUCCUGCUGAAGGACGAUUCGGGAAUCUCGAUAUCUGGUCCAUCUGAAGAGUGGUUUAUCAAAAUUGGCUUCGAGAAUAUAUCUCGCCUCAAGCAUACAUCUAUUUAUGUGCAUGAGAAUGGUAAAGUCUCUAUUGAGUUGUCUAAAUCUCUCGAGGAUGGUUUCAUUUAUGAGGACAAAGCUGGGAACCCUGGUGAAGCUUUUGCUGCUGAACACAGCCGUGGAACCAAUUCUGUUAAUAGUGAUCAUCCCUCUGAAAACUUAGUUUCUUCCAAUGUUUAUGGGCUGAUGCCAAAGCUGAAACACAGUGACUACUUCAUUGAACCCCGAGUCGAGGAAUUGGCAAUAAAAGAAAGCUUUGAGCCGGGGUUCUGCAGCCAUGUUAAGGACUUUGUUGUUGGCCAUCAGCGUUAUGGGCGCAUCAAGUUCUUCGGAGAGACAGACGUGCGGCAGCUUGAUGUCAACUCACACAUUGUGUUUAGAAAUCACGAGGUAAUUCUUUCUAUGGAUGAGAACAAGAAACUGCCAGUUGGGCAAGGUUUAAACAAGCCAGCAGAGAUUACCCUUUGCAACAUUAAGUGUUUCGAUAAAGCUGGAAACCAACACAUUAAUGGACCGAAGGUUGACAAGUACAGAGAAAAGCUGAUGAAGAAAGCAGCAGAACAAGGUGCUGAGUUUGUGUCAUAUGAUCCUGUGCAAGGAGAGUGGAAAUUUAGAGUUAAACAUUUUUAGCUUUAUGCUUUCACAAUAGAUAUUUAUAUCAGGAAGAAACUAAUUUUGUUUUUAUGACCAAUAUGUACUCUAUUAAUUUCCAUUUUCUUUAAGAUUUGUCUAGGAACAAGUUCGUGUCUAGGAACAUGUGAUGUUAAACUCAUAUUGCUUUUAUGAAUAAUAUGUACCCUAUGAAGUUUAUUUUUUCUUGAAA